GACUCUUCUUCAUCCAAAUUACAGACGACGACGACUUUAAGAAGACGAUUGAUCGGAGAACGGAGAAGAGAAGGUGCGGCGAUGGUGUCUCGGUCCGGUAUCUGCUUCUUCAUCUUUGCAAUUUCCAUUUUCGUAAGUAUUUCGUGUUCCGCUUCAGAACAAGAGCAUGUUCUCACUCUUGAGCAUUCAAACUUCACCGAUACUCUCAGCAAACACGACUUCGUUGUCGUUGAGUUCUACGCUCCUUGGUGUGGACAUUGCAAGCAGCUUGCCCCAGAGUACGAGAAAGCUGCAUCUGUUUUGAGUAGUCAUGAUCCUCCAAUUGUCCUCGCUAAAGUUGAUGCAAAUGAAGAAGCAAACAGAGAGCUUGCUACACAAUUUCAAGUUCAGGGUUUCCCUACCUUAAAGAUCUUUAGAAAUGGAGGAAAGAACAUUCAAGAAUACAAAGGCCCUCGAGAAGCUGAUGGUAUAGUAGACUACUUGAAAAAACAAGUUGGUCCUGCUUCUUCUGAAAUUAAAUCUGCUGAAGACUCCGCCAGCAGAAUUGAUGAGAAAAAGAUUUUUGUUGUGGGCAUAUUUCCUAAGUUCUCUGGAGAAGAGUUUGAGAACUUUACAGCUCUUUCUGAGAAGUUGCGAUCUGAUUAUGAUUUCGGCCACACUUUGGAUGCUAAACUCAUUCCUCAGGGUGAAUCAUCAGUCAAUGGCCCCAUCCUUAGGUUACUCAAACCAUUUGAUGAGAAAUUUGUUGAUUUCAAGGAUUUUGAUGCAGAAGGUAUGGAGAAAUUUAUUGAAGAAUCUAGUCUGCCUACCGUGACUAUCUUUAACAAAGACCCAGAUAAUCAACCUUUCCUAAUGAAGUACUUUGAAAAUCCUAAUGCUAAGGCGAUGUUAAUUGUGGACUUCAAAAGCGAUGCUUACAGUGGUUUAGAGUCAACAUUCAAAGAUGUUGCAGUGGCAAACAAAGGGAAAGGUGUAAGCUUCUUAUUGGCUGAUCUGGAAACAAGUAACGGUCUAUUGCAGUAUUUUGGACUAAAUGGUGAUCAGGCACCUCUAAUAUUCUUACAAAAGACUACCGGUGAGAAAUUUUACAAGGCUCAUUUGGAAGCUGACCAUAUUGCUCCAUGGGUGAACGAUUAUCUGGAGGGUGCUUUGAAGCCAUUCAUUAAAUCUGAGGCAAUUCCAGAAGUAAACGAUGAACCUGUGAAAGUAGUUGUUGCUAAUAACCUCCAGGAACUUGUGCUAGGCUCAGAAAAAAAUGUUCUACUAGAAUUCUAUGCACCAUGGUGUGGACAUUGCAAGCAAUUAGCACCCAUAUUGGAGGAAGUUGCUGUCUCCUUUGAGAAAGAUCCCAACAUCGUUAUUGCCAAACUGGAUGCGACUGCCAACGACUAUCCAACUGAGAUAUUUGAAGUUCAAGGGUACCCUACAUUGUACUUUAGAACGUCAAAGGGGAGUCUAGUGUCAUAUGAUGGAAACAGGACAAAGGAGGAUAUUAUCGACUUCAUUGUGAAGAAUCGGGAUACAAUUGCCCAAUCCGAAGAAGAAUCCGCUAACGAGUCUGACCCAUCCGAAUUGAAAGAUGAACUGUGAUAAAAGAGAGGUUACAAAGUUGAUCAUCGCAGGCGCUCUUUUUGUUUUGUUACCUUAGCCGAGUAUUUAUUUCCCACUAUCCUGUCUUUGCAGCUCUUUGUUUUGUCGCGUUUUUUCUUUCUUGGAGAAUAUAGAUAGAUAGAUGAAUUAAGCAAAUAAUUAUGUGUCCUUUGUUUUCAAUUUUCCUGACUCUAUCCAGUUUUUGAAUAAUAUGCAUUUUCA